GGCGUCCGGUGUGCGCGCGGGAUAAAGACGGCUCGCGUGGCGCCAUCUGAGACCGUUGCUUCCGGUAUCGAGCAGCAGUAGAAUGGCAGUUGCGCGCAAAAGUCUGUUUAUUUACGUGCUGUCGAUGAUUAAUUGAUCGCGAGACCCGCGUCCACGAGCGAUAUCUGCUGAGCGAGUGUCGUAACAGCGAGGUUUCGGCUAUGGUGCACGCGUGACCAGAUUGUGGACAAAACUGCGGUACCGAAACGGUGGAAAUGUGGUGAAUGUCGACGCUCGGCGAUCUCGCUGGCUGUCGUCAUUCUCGUUCUAACCUAUUUUCUCCCCGGGACGUUCUGGCCGUUGUUCUGAAAUUUUCCGACGCGCUGUCAACGUUUGUUUGCCAACGGUCACUCAGCACCGGAACGUGCAAAACCGUGAGCAUGGCCGACGAGGUGCUGCCGGCGAGUUUGGAGAAGCUCGAGAUUGAUCGUCCCUCGACGAGCUGUCCCCAUAUUGCAACCACUGACAAAGCUGAGUCACCGAACCCCUUUAGAAGUAUAAGUAAAAGUGACGGAUCCAAUUGCAGUUACUUAUUUCAAAGGAGAUCGAUGCCUAGUAGGCCAACUUUAACCACAACCAGCCCGAGAGGCGUGAAAAGCACAACGAACUUCAAACCAUCAAAGAAUGAAAGAGUAAUCGAUAAGAAGAAGAAUUCGAUAAUCAAAGAGGCUGUCUUAAAAUUAAAUGAUACUGGCACUACUUGUCUUAGUGAUAACCUAGCGAGUACACUGUUAAAAGAAACUUGUAAAUUUAGUAUUUCUUGGAAAAAUAAGAAGGUAUUCUACCACGGUUCUGUAGCGAAAGACUUUAAAACGCUGAACAUUAGUCAGGAGAAUAGGCAGGCUAAAGAUGACACUAGCAUUCAAGGCAAUUACCAAGGAAAUAGCUUUCAACGAGCCCGUAGCAAUACGAUGCCAAGUUUGAAAAGGGGGCCAGGUCCAGGUGGAGGCAGUAGCACGCAGUCAGAGACAAGUAGUUCGUCUGGUCAGCCUUCGAGUUCAAACACAUGUUCGGUACAAGCACGAAUAUCUCCGCCUUCGUGUGAUGUCACCAUCGAUGAACUUGCUAGUUACUUCGAGGAGUUUGUUCAUAUCCCAAAGAAGAUGUCGCACAUGGCAGAAAUGAUGUAUAUUUAAUUGUAACGUAACGAGUUACUGGCAGAUUUCUUAUACAGUUUUUCAAGGACUAGCGUGCAGCGUUUCUGCACGAGAACGAGUCUAAAUGCUAUAUGUUUGCUACAAAAACCAAUUCAAUU